AUGACGGGGAGUGGGGCCGGAAUAGUUCUAGAGAGCCCUGAAGGUGACAAAUUCGAGUAUGCUAUAAAGCUGGAAUACCCCUCGUCGAACAAUGAAGCAGAAUACAAGGCAUUCUUAGCAGGAGCAAAUGGGCAAACGGAAGUCACCAAUCGGACGAUCCUUCAACAUUUAAAGACGCGCCUGGGAAACGCGAAGGGGGCAUGGGUGGACGAGCUCCCCAGUGUCUUAUGGGCAUAUCGAACGACAUUGAGGACUCCCACGGGAGUAUCCCCGUUCAACCUAACUUCCGGGACGGACGCCGUGGUGCCCGCGGAAAUAGGGGAACUUAGUUGGCGAGUGAGAUAUUACAGCCCAGACUCCAACGAGCAAGGAUUGAGGAUGAACCUAGAUUUUGUUGAAGAAGCCAGAGAAAAAGCCGCAAUCCGAGCUGUCGUGUACAGAACUAGAAUGGCUAAGGCAUACAAUGCAAGAGUCAAGCCAAGAAACUUUCAAGUAGGAGAUCUGGUGAUGCGAAAAGCCGAGGCUUCAGGCCCCAUUGAUAAGCUGGAUCCCAAAUGGGAAGGCCCCUACAAAGUUGUAGAGGUGGUGAGUGCAGGGGCUUACAAGUUGCAACAGCUCGACGGAAAAAGCAUCCCUCGCACGUGA